CAUUUUACUUUGAGAUUUUUAGACGUUAGGCAACAUGGCGCAGAGCUUUGUAUAAGCAUGCGGAUAAUGUUGAAAUUUGAGCUGAUAAAACAGAAUUUUCUCAUAUAAAAGUUAUUUAUUUCUAAUAAAGAAUACCAAUGGCAUCUUUGCAGUAUGUAGUUCACCCUCUCCCUGGAAGUGAUGAACAAUUUAAUGACAGAUUGAAGGAUGUAGCUGAUCGAAUAAACCGUUUAGGACUGAAUUCUCAUUCUGGUCUUUCAUGUCUGAGAUCAGGAAUUAAACGAAUCUGUAUUGGGCCUUCACAUAUAGGACUUUUAUUAGAUGAUGGAAGAGUUUGUCGACUAUCAUAUAAUGUUUUAUCUGACAGGUUGGACUUGACGAAAAAUGAUGGAAAUAAAAGCAGUGGUGGUGCAGGAACGGGUGGUUCAGGUGGAAGUGGUGGACAAGGAAGUGGAGGUUCCAACAAACCACCUAGCACGGGACGGGGAAUGAGAACAAGGGCUAGAAUUAUGCGCUCAAACACCGCCAUAAGAGGGGCGAAUAACAGUGGGAGCCGUAGUGCGCCUGUUAUUAUUGGGACUAGUACAUCAAGUAGUGGUCGUCCAUUGGUCACUGUACCAGCCCCAUAUGUCCCUGAGGAGUUGGUAUCGCAGGCACAAGUUGUUUUGCAAGGCAAGAGCAGAAAUUUGAUAAUAAGAGAACUCCAGAGAACUAAUCUCGAUGUUAACCUUGCUGUGAACAAUCUACUUUCAAGAGAUGAUGAAGAAGGUGAAGAGGGCGAUGACGCAACAGACUCAUAUGUUCCAGAAGAUCUUAUAUCAUUAUUAGAUGGUGGUUUCCAUCCUGAUCAUUCUGUGAUCAUUGAUGCUGAUGCUAUGUUCUCAGAGGAUAUGUUUGGCUAUUCUGGCAUCAGGAACUUCCUUAACAGUCGUGGUAGCAGUAGAGGUAGAUUGGCAGACAGAGAUGCCCCUUUGUCAAACAGUGGUGGAUCAGAUCGUGACAGAGAAAAUUUUUCCCGUUGGCGAGACAGGCAGUAUUGUGGACCAAGGAGGUGGUUAGAGACGGCCCUUCGAGACAAUCCGUACGAAAAAGAUUCAGAGCACAAGAAAAAGGAUAGUGCCUGUCCAUUAUGGUUGUCUGAUGAUUUGGAGUUCUGGCCAGAACCUGCACCAAAAUUCAUUCAAAUAGCUUCACUUUACAGUGAACUUAUCGCUUUGUCAUCAAGCGGUCAGGUCUAUCAGUGGAGAUGGCAUGAUUCCGAACCAUACAAACAUCCUGAGAAUCCAUACAUCCAUCAUCCCAAAACGAUUCCAAUGGGGUUAACCAGCGAGAAAGUGGUUCAUUUAUCCGCCUGCUCAACAAGGUGUUCAGUUUCAACAGAAUCUGGGAAGACGGCUACCUGGCUUGAUGAAACUCUUGUGUCUGCAUCAUCCAAAUUAGAACAUUCAGCACAGGUCUUCAGUGAAUUUCAGAAUGACAGAAUUGUAUCUCUUCAUACAUGUACGUUGUAUACCGUUGCAAAAUGCGAGAGUGGUGCAUUGUAUUGGUGGGGAGUGCUUCCAUUUUCUCAAAGGAAAAGGUUGUGGGAAAAGUUCAGAGCGAAAUGCCGAAAACAGAGGCCAUCUAACAGUCAGUCUGAGAUCACUACCGGUUCUCAAGUUUGUAUGAAGAACAGUCCGAUGUACCAGCCAGGGGCAAUAGGAUUCACAGUAGCGGCCGGAACUCCGAAAGUUGGCCAGUUGCAGAACGCUGCUUGGACACUCAGCGAUACCUGCACAUUCAAAAUCUUACACAAUCAAUCGACCAACCAAGGAGGACCCGAUAAAUCGACUCGAGAAACUUCCGCUCCUUCUAGUAGCAGCAUAGCAAGUGCAUCUAAGUCAAACUCGAAUAAAGAAAACACAGAUAGACUUGAUAUGCCCCCACCACCUUCUCCUGCGUCAAGUACUUGCAGUGACACAGGAAGUAUUACAAAUAGUCAUAAAAGACAAAAACGUAACACCCAGUGUGGAUCAGACUCUAACAGCGAACCUAAAAAAGAUGAAGAAGAAUGGCUGUUGCGAGAUGUCAUUUUUGUGGAAGAUGUCAGGAGUGUUCCGACUGGACGAGUUCUUAAAGUCGAUGGAGCUUAUGCUGCUGUAAGGUUUCCUUCGACACAUAAUAAAGACAGAGAGAGGGAUCCCAAAGAAUUGGAUGAUAUUUUCCAAGACUGCAGGUUGAUGAGAAAAGAUGAUUUACAGGUCAUCAAAUCAGGUUCAACAUCUAGAGCUCCAGACUGUUUCCAGAAGACUCCUCGAAGGGUACAAAUUCCUGAGAAUGGCUCACAAAUUUUGACAAUUGCCGUCGAUCCCCAAGGCAUUCAUGCUGUUGUACAAAACGGUCUGAAGUUGAGCUAUGUCAUGUACAAUAUUAGCAGUGGACGAGUUGAGCUUGAUAAUCCUUUUCCAAGUGAUACAGCAUCGUUCAUGGGACUUUAUCCAUCUUUAAUCAAUCUCAGCUGCGCAGGAGAGAGCUCUGAGUCCGUUUUGAUUUUGCGGGAUGGCAACAACACAAUCUACCCGCUAGCCAAAGACUGCGCAGAAGCUAUCAAGGAUCCACAAUGUUUAGAUCUUCCACCUGUGAAAUGUGUUGCCGCAAGUACAUUGUCCCUUCCUGGCACAUCUUCAAAUAUGAAGAACCAAGUGGCAGUGAUAGUGUUUGCUUUGGAACAUCAGUUACUCCUUCCAAAAAUUCUCAGAUGUGAUUUGAGUUCAGUCUUACAUAUCCUUGCCCAAUUAGACUCGGACAUAAAGAGCAGUGCACAUACUGUAGCUUCCAUCUUGAGUGAAAGGUGUGAUGGCAAUAGGAAUAUAUUUCAUGCUGUUGUCAAUAUGUGUACUCCUACUUCAAAUAAGGAUGUAGAAAAUGACAUCGCACGAGCUGCGUCAAAUUCAAAUACCGGAGGGUUGGACUCGAUAAUACCAACAGGUUCGAGCUCGCGUAAUGCUCAUUCGUCUUCGUCCGUGAGUCUUCGAGAUAUGAUGCGUAGGGCAGCGCGCGCGGAAUCCCUCAACAACACUAACAGCGCCCCAGCAGAUCAGCAAGGCGGAUCUUUCGGUCAAGGUGAACCAAUUCCAACCCACAGCUGGCCUCCAGAAUCUUUCGAUCCGCUGUCCCUGAUGCCCUCAGAGGACGAGGAUAGUAUUUUGGGCUCUAACAGCGCUCAGGCCCAGAAUAAAACUGGCACACUCCCGAACUGCGGUCAAACGUCUAACAACUCUGUUGUAGAUCCCGCGGAGAGGAGAUCCAAUGCUCUACAAAUUUUACAUGUGCUCCUCAACGAAUGUGCAGCCCUCGAGCCCCAUAUCAUCGAGUUGCUGUCCGCCAAGGAUGCUCAAGGACAAACACCUUUUAUGCUUGCUGUAUCCUCCCGAAGCUAUCCUGCAGCUUUAAAUAUAUUUGAAAGGAUCAAGAAAUGUUCCAAUGUACAAGAAAGGAAUGAAAUGAUAUUCCCUAAAGGAUCCAAUGCGGAUCAUUCACCCUUACAUGUGUUGUGUUGUAACGAUACAUGCAGUUUUACCUGGACUGGAGCAGAACAUAUAAAUCAGGACAUUUUUGAAUGCAGAACUUGUGGUUUAACCGGAACUCUGUGUUGUUGCACAGAAUGUGCAAGGGUAUGUCAUAAAGGUCACGAUUGUAAACUCAAGAGGACCUCUCCUACGGCUUAUUGUGACUGUUGGGAAAAAUGUAAAUGCAAAGCCUUAAUCAUGGGGAACCAAUCUGGACGGUUUGAAUUACUUCAAAAAUUGGUAAAGGAAACCAAUUUAGUUUGUCAACCAAAUUCAAGAGGUGAAAGUAUUCUUCUAUUUCUUGUACAAACAGUUGGUCGCCAGAAUCAAGAACAAAGACAAUUCAGACACUCCAGACCCAGAGCCCCAUCUUCUAAUUCUAGAAACAAAACCCCAUCUUCUGACAUUGAAUCUGACAUGCCAGAACAUGAUUUGGAACCGCCAAGAUUCAGCAGAAGGGCUCUCGAAUGUCUUCUUGGCGAUUGGAAGGCGGUGAAGAGUAUGAUUAUGUCGGGCAUGAAGGAAUCGGCGGACAAUCCAUUUUCGGAUCAGCCUUAUGUAACUGUGCAAAGCGGAACCACACUUCUCGAUAAGUUUACACACUGUUUCCUAGUGAAAUGCCAAAUGGUGAUGGAUGUUCUACUUGAAACGUUAAUCAAGGAAAUGAAAAAUCCUGAUCCUAAAGAAGCAGAACUAGCAACUUUUGUUGCUAGAAGAUUUGUCAGGUCUGUAGUGCGGAUAUUUGUCAUCUUUAGUAUUGAAAUUGCUCCGAAUUCUACCAAGAGACGAAGCUUGAGCAACCAAAAUCAACCCCUUAGCAAAUGUAGGAGAGUAUUUCAGUCUUUGAUGAAAUUAUCAAUCGAAGAAUUGUGCGAAACGGCGGACUCCCUCAUAGCCCCAGUGAGGUUAGGAGUCGCCAGACCAACAGCGCCAUUUUCUUUGGCUACAUCGGCUAAUGAUAUUUUGAACGGUUCUCAAGAGUUGUUCUUAGUGGAUCCGUUAGCGCCUUCAUCCUCUCGCCUCCUAAGUCGCCAUUCCAGCAAUGAAUUAUUCCCAAGAGUGGCAGCUGCAGCACGGGAUCUAAUAAAUGACGUCAACGAUGGAGAGAGUAUGGCCAUCGAUAAUGACGAUGACAACGCUUCAGAACACGAAGACGCUUCUGCAGAUCGUAUACUACCCAUGCCUGCUCGUCAAGUAUCAUUGAACGAGAAUGAUCAAGAUCAUCAACCCGCCGAAAAUCAAGAGAAUCGUAUUCAGGGCGAAGAGAGCGAUCCUGAAUUGGACCUUCUGGCAGAAACCGAAUCGGAUAGCGAUGAUAAUCACAGUAAUCAAGAUGCGGCGUCUGCGCAAAGAUCAGUACAGACUGGGGCUACUGCAGGAUCCGAUACAGGCCUGCUGCUCUUCCCCGAAGACGACAGUGCCGAGUCCAGUCAACAGGAGGAAGAAGAGAGUGAAACUGGAGAAACAGAUGAGCAAGACACCGAAGAUUAUACUUUGAAUGAUGAACAGUUGGAAAGGAGAAGAAGCCGUUACAGCAAUGCGGCGGGUCAUGGACAGCGCGCCAAUCUAGCUCCACAAAAUAUGCAGUGGGCAAUACGUAAUAGGGAAACUAACCGAUCAACUGGAGUCAGAAUUGCAGGUGGCACUAAUCUACUCUAUAUUGAUCCAAGUUCUCUUCGAAGAUCAACAGCAGGAGGUUCCUCUAGUAGCACUGAUACUAUAACGAUGUCAACAACCGCCAGCUGCCUAGCACGCGCGUUCGGUAUUGUUAUUCGUCAAAUAGCAGAUCUUUUAUCAACAAUGCCAAACAUGUCUCAAAUAUUGACACCAGUUACUCACAUGGAAAUAUCUCAGGAUGAUAUCUACAAUGUUCAGAUUUACUUAGAAUUCCGUUUGAAAUCAACUUGGGACUGGCUUCUUACAGUUAUGGAUGCAACUGAAGCUCAACUAAAAUUCGGUGCUUCUCUAACUAAUUCUCUAGAUUUACCUAGUACUAGCCACUCUGCAGGGCCAACAGUGAGUGCAAGUGUGAACAUAACAUCGUCUUCUAAUCUAAGAUCUAGAAACCAUUCUAAUUCUAAUGGAACAGGUACUACUGGUUCACGGAUUGUUGGUUUUGCUAAUGUAGAAAAUAGAUCCCGUACUGAAAGAGAUGGUGUUGAUGCUCAUGCAGCCAGGAGAGAAUUUUUGUCCUAUUGUUUAUCCUUAAUGAGGGCGCAUAACAAUGAACACUUGGACUCUUUACCUGUACUGGACGUUUCAGCAUUGAAACAUGUGGCAUAUGUUUUUGACGCGUUGAUUUACUUCAUGCGAUCUGGUUCUUCAGAAGCCGUUGAUACUGAUUUGAGAAGAGAGGGAUUACCUUUGGCCUCUUGGAAUGACCAGGAUGAGAAUGAAAAUGAAGAAGGAGAGGAAGACAUUACUGUUGCAAUUGACACAGAAUCGUUAGAUGAUCAAGAAAUUAGUAACUUGGCAAACAUUACAAAUAACUUGAACAGUUCAUUCCAAGGAAUAUCAGGGAAAGGAAGAAAACAUCCAUUUUUCCAGAGAUCUGAAUCUACUCUUUGCCUCGGUUGUCCUCCGCCAGAUCCUUUCGACACUCCCAUGUCGGAAGCGUUACCUCUAGCCGAUCAACCGCAUCUGUUGCAACCGAACGCCAGACGAGAAGAUCUUUUCGGAAUGCCCAAACAAGUAGUUACUCUAAAUUCCACAGCGACCAACUCUGAUAAUCCCUUGGAAUCGCUUCCGACUAAAUUGAGUCUGUCAACACGUACAACGGAAUAUGCUAUGAGUCAGCCGGCUAAAGCGAAUCAUCCCAUCGCUCAGAAUCUGAACGUAAUGGGUCCAAAUCCGCUCUUUUACCCACAGAAUUUCGUAGGAGAUGAACCAAUGGAUGUCGAUAGGCCUACUACUAGCCGGGAUGUUCAGACUGAUAGUUUAUCAAAUUCUGAGGAGCCAAAAGCUUUGGAGCCAUUUCAAAGUCUAUUAGAUGCCGUGAAGAGUGAAACUGGAGACUUGGAAGAAAUACCACAAGAUUUAUCUUGCAAUCGUGAGAAUGCUGAUUUCAGUCAAUCUAGAUCUAAGUCAUUACUUUUAACACCGAAAGAUUCAACAGAACAAAUGGAUAUUCCCACGUCAAGACCUCAAAUCAUUAUGUCGCCCAAAAAAACAUCUAAUGAAGUGUCAAGUUUGGAACAAAUUCCACUCCCAGGGAAUACAUCUUCAUUAUCAUUCGUCAUACCAGGCAAUUCUGAGAGUUCAGAAGACUUCAAUAUGCAAUGCUCUGAUAGUCAAUAUUCGGACUCGCAAAUCCAAUCAGCCAGUUCUUCUAGAAGUCCUAAUACAAGUGUUAUUGUUAGGGUAGGAUCCUCAUCAAAUCAGAAGAUGGGUGUUGACAUGAUAAUGUCUGUAGACAAUCAACAGACUGAAACUUUAGAACAUCAAGAAAUAUCAGCUAAUGUUACAGUUGUGACAACGCCAAGUGUUAAUCCUGAGAUUCCUAGGCCUACCAUAGGCCAGUCUGUAUCUCAUGAUCUACUACUUGGCAGAUGGAGGCUCUCCCUGGACUUGUUCGGGAGGGUCUUCAUGGAAGAUGUGGGUUUAGAACCUGGCUCUGUGGUCUCGGAGCUUGGUGGUUUUCCAGUAAAGGAGGCCAAAUUCAGAAGAGAUAUGGAAAAGUUGAGAAAUAAUCAACAACGAGAUUUAACUUUAUCAAAGAUGGAAAGGGAAAGAACACCAUUACUGGUUCAGACUUUCAAAGAGCUGAAUACUCAGUUCAACAAUUACAAUCGAAGAACUUCGUCUUCUCCCCCUUUAGCUGUGAAUAGAGUUAAAGUUACGUUCAAAGAAGAACCGGGUGAAGGUUCCGGGGUAGCCCGUAGUUUUUAUACUGCGAUCGCAGAAGCCAUAUUAUCACAAGAAAAAUUACCAAACCUAGAGAGUGCUCAAGUUGACAACAAAUACUCUCAAUACACUGUAUUGCAAAGGUUAAGAAGGGACAGGGAUGUACUGAGAAGAAAUGCACAAUUGAGAGGGUCCAAUAGGGUUAUUAGAGACAACCAGAGAAGAGCAUUGAGCAUUGAUGCCAGACCUUUUGUACCUAUUGAACCAGUACCAGAUGCACCUUCGAUGCCUGACAUUUCUGGACCUCCAUCCGGAUCUUCAAAUAACCCACCCAACUCUAAUGCAGCUCCAAGAAAUGAACAUCUCACUGGCCAUCAACAACAACUUGGAGAUAGAUUAUAUCCAAAGGUUCAUAGCUUACAUCCAACAUUUGCUAAUCGAAUAACAGGUAUGCUUUUGGAACUUUCACCUGCCCAACUUCUUCUCCUACUAGCUUCUGAAGAAUCCUUGAGAGCUAAAGUGGAAGAAGCUGUGGAAUUGCUAAUAGCUGAUAGUCAAGCUCGUCGUCAACCGCAUGAGCAAUUGUGUGAUGAACUCUUAGACUUAGAUGUGUUUUCUCUAACAGAUAGGAACAGAAAAAGUGGACAGAAUAGUGGGACUGAAAAUUCUGCCAACGAGGAUUCUGUGCAAGACGACGAAGACAAUGCCCCCCUCUUCUAUUGUCCCGGAAACAGGGGCUUUUAUGCUCCUAGACAGGGAAAACCAUCAUUCGAAAGAUUGAAUGCUUUUAGGAAUGUGGGCAGAUUACUUGGAUUGUGUCUUUUACAGAAUGAACUUUGUCCUAUCUUCCUUACCAGGCACGUGCUGAAAAGUAUUCUAGGAAGACCUAUCAAAUUCCAUGACUUAGCAUUUUUUGAUCCAACCGUUUAUGAAUCACUACGACAAUUGGUUGUUGAUGCUGAAUCUAAAGAAAAUAAUGGAUAUUUCUCAGCAUUAGAUCUGAACUUUAUAAUGGACUUGAGCCCAGAAGAAGGGGGUGGAACAAUUGAAUUAAUGCCUGGUGGAAAGGACAUCGAAGUAACUAAUAGUAACAUUUAUGACUACGUUAGGAAAUACUCCAAAUAUAGGAUGAUCAAAGUUCAGGACAAGGCUUUAGAGGCAAUUCGAACAGGAGUAUUUGAUGUUUUACCUGAAGGAGCCUUAGACGGUCUGACGGCCGAAGACUUGAGACUUCUCUUAAAUGGUGUUGGUGAUAUAAAUGUAUCUGUACUAAUAUCUUACACCUCUUUUAAUGACGAAUCUGGAGAGAGCAGCGAGAGACUGGUGAAGUUCAAGCGGUGGCUGUGGUCCAUAGUGGAAAAAAUGUCCCAUUUAGAAAGACAAGACUUGGUUUAUUUCUGGACUGGUUCCCCAGCUCUCCCAGCUAGUGAGGAUGGUUUUCAGCCAAUGCCAUCAGUAACAAUAAGACCAGCUGACGAUGCACAUUUACCAACCGCAAAUACCUGUAUCUCUAGGUUAUACAUACCCUUGUACAGCAGUCGAACUGUGCUUAGACAAAAACUGCUGUUAGCUAUCAAAACGAAAAAUUUUGGAUUUGUGUGAAAAAACUUGAAGACUCUAAUACUAUUCAUCAUUUCUGAUGGCUGAAUUAUAAAGUUAGGAUAUUUCAUAUUUCUUUGCUUACUUUCAAAAGGAAUGUAGUUUUUUUUGUAAUUGUGAUUGAUGUUAUAUAAAACUAUUUUAUGUAAUAAAAUCAAUAAAGUGAUAUCGGUAUGUAAAUAACGUGUACUAUUAUAAUGUAUUAGAAAACGUAAUGGGUGCUUAUAUUCGAAUUUUCAAAAGUAUUUCAUGUUUUUAUACCCUUUUUGUGAUUUGUUUCAAAAUAUUGUAUGUUAAGGUUUUAUUUGUAAGAGAAAUAUUUUUGGAAAUUUUCAGGAACCGUGUGGGGAUCUUCUUCACCAAAAGAAUGAAUUCUUGUUAUUAAUUUGUAGAUGUAUAUAUAUAUUUUUCGAAUUAUUUGAAGUCGAGCUUGUUUCAACUUAAUAAUUUGGGGUUUUGAUGUGAUAUGUGAUGAAAUUGUUGAACAGGAAAAUUCAUUAUAAUUGAGUAAUUAUAUUGAAACUAGUUACUUAGACUAAGAGUUAUUACCUUUCCUGAAAAACCAACACUUAUGUACUGAAAAACCCAUUCAAGAAUGAAACAGUUUUCUGUUUAUUAUUCAUCUUUCAAAUUGCAGCAACAAUAAUCCUGUAUUUUACACUUUAAUUAAGUUAUUAGCAAGAUCUAAAUUGAAUAAGUUAGCGUGUAAGUUGAAUAAAUCGAUGCAGCCAAAA